AUGACAUUCUCAAACCCUUGGGAGCUCCAGUUAUCCACCACUGCCACUGGUGGUGGAUUUAUCAGAACGCCCCCACGAUCGCCCGACUCGAGCCACUUAGUAACGUUGCUCGCUUCCGAAACGCCCAAGAAAACGCACCAUCGUCGUCAUCGUAGCUUCACCAUUGGUGCCGCUGCUGCCAUGCCGUCUCCAUCAUGUGGGUCUACAACCACUGGCAGUGUCAUGCCGGCCGAUGAUUUUUCCGAGCCUUUUCCCCGAUCAUACUCGCAUCAUCGCCAGGAAGCAGCAGUGCCGAGCACGCCUGCUCCGCCCGCGGCAGCAGCAGCAGCAACUUCGUCGGCACCAGCUGCUAAGAAUAAUCGUCGCCCGACCCACCGCCGCUGCGUCAGCAGCGUUGACACGAGCGGCGGCGGCUUAAGCAGCGGCGCCAACAGAGGCGUCAGCAACGGAGCCACCGGCGUUAACAGCAGUCCGAGGUGCAAAAGCAAGGACGUUGAAUCUGGACGCGCCCUCACCAUGCCGCGUUGCCGCACUUUCAACCAUCAGUUCAGCUCUGCCCAGAAGACACCGCCUAGUAUCAAUGUCGAGUCUUCUAUAACGGGGUAUGCCUUCACUGCACCAGCUGCUGCUUGGGAUGGUGCUGAGAGUAUUGACAACAGCCCCCGUUUCAGUCACAGCAGCCCUCGGCCCAAUCACCGCAGUCACAGCAGUCCCCGUGUCAGUCACAGCAGUCCCCGGGUCAGCCACAGCAGUCCCCGACCCGGCAGCGGCUGCUACAGCAACCGCAGCCACAGCACCCCCCGUCACAGCCAGAGCACCCAAAGCAAUCCGCCCAUUGACUGCCUAAACGGCAGAACACAAGGGCACUUUGCAGCUGGCUCAAGAAUGGACUCUUAUCACAGGGACUCUUAUAACGGGGACUCAUUCAAUGGCGACUCUGUCAAUGGGGAUUCUUACAACGGGGACUCUUACCAUGGGGACUUUUAUAAUGGUGACUCUUAUAAUGAGGACUCUUAUAAAGGGGGCUCUUAUCAUGGCAAGGUAGCAGCAGAGAGCGCCAGCUCAGCACACAGUAAAGCCGCACGAGCUACAGUUAAUUCUAUCACGGCACAAAAUGCCGUUGCAGCAGGUUCUAGUAGUAUAGGUUCUGGUGACAGGAUGGAAGCGGAUCUGUAUGGGGCAGAGCAUUUAGAGGAGCUCGAUGCACACGUUUCUGGUAGUGUUGAGACGUCUCGAAACUCAAGCGCUGCAGCAGGUUCUAGUAAUAUAGGGUCUGAUGAGAGGAUGGAAGCGGACCUAUAUGGGACAGCACAUUUCGAGGAGGUCGAUGCACACGUUUCUGCAUCGGGUUCCGCAGAAGCAGUAGCACCAACAGAGAGAAGUCCACGUGGCAGGCCAGAGAACCAGCUCCCCAGCAGAAUUAGCUCCAACACUUACCAUCACCACCCUUCAGACAACUUCCGCUUCUCUCCCUCCGGUUUUGGCAGCAGAAGCAUGACUUACCCCCGAUCCCCCCCCUUCUGGGCCCCCUCUACCCACCCCCCCCACUCCUCCCAAUCCCCCCCCGCCCUCUCCGCCCACUCCGCCCAAUCCCCCCUCUCCGCCCACUCCCCCAUCUCCGCCCACUCCGCCCAGCGCCCUUCCCGUUCCCUUCACUCCCCCGCAUCAGCUCACUCCCCCGUCUCCCCCCCCUCUGACCCCUCGUCCCACCCGCGUCACAAGCACGCUAAAUCCCUCUCCCCGCAAUCCCACCCGCGUCUUGAGUCAACUCAAGACUCCCCCAUAUCGCCAUACUCCGCCCUCUCCGCCCUCUCCGCCCUCUCCCCCGUCUCCCCCUCCUCUGGCCCCUCAUCCCACGCGCGUCACAAGCGCGCAUGGUCCCUCUCCCUUGGACCAGACGCAUGCCUCGAGUCGACUCAACACUCCCCUGCACUAGCUCCCUCCGACCCCUCCGCCUUCUCCCCGCUCUCGUCCCACCACCCGCGCCACACACGCGUAGGCUCUCUCUCCCUGCGCUCCUCCUGUGCGCCCUGCUCGCCUCUCUCCGCCUCCCCCACUGCCUCUGCUGCUACCUUUCCUGCGUCUGAGCCUGAUUGGUCCGGCAAGUGGGGCAGCAGGAGCUUGCGUUUGGAGCUCUAUAACGGGGAUGCUGGCCUCUGCAGCAGUCAGAAUCUCUAUGUUGAUUUCAGUGCUCCGGAUCGGCAGCAAAAGCAACGGCGAGAUCAACAGCCACACCGAAACCAACUCCAGCAACAGCAGCAGCAGCAGCAGCAGCAGCAGAAACGUGGGAAGGGGACGGAAAGCGAAGAGGAUGACUCAGACGAUGAUUUCAUCGGGCUGUAUGGCGCUGUGCUGCGCAGUCGUACCAUCAGCAACAGGCGGGUUCGCAACCACCACGCGAGCAGCAGUACCAGCAACGUGGGUAACAGCAAGGAGCAUAGUAGCAGCAGAGAGCAGAGUAACAGCAGGGAGCAGAGUAGCAGCAGGGAGCAGAGUAACAGCAGGGAGCAGAGUAACAGCAGGGAGCAGAGUAGCAGCAGGGAGCAGAGUAACAGCGGCAACCAGCCAAGCAGCAACAGUCAGCUGAGCAACGAAAAUGGGUUGAGAAGCUUGCGCACUGCUGACCUCACCACUAUGAAACCACUCAGCCCGCGUGCUUCUCCCCGCUCUGCUGCCCUCGCCACUCUCAUGCCACUCAGCCCCCAUGCUUUUCCCCGCUCUGCUACCGUCCCCACUCCCAAGCCACUCAGCCCGCGUGCUUCUCCCCGCUCUUCCGCCAUCGCCACUCCCAAAUUGCCGAGCCCUUGUGCCUCCCCCCCCCAUCCCGCCCAGCCGCAUGCCGUUCCGCCUUGUCGUGCACCCGCUCCUUAUGCUGUCGAUGGGGAUACGAAUGGGGGGAAGGAAGGGAGAAAGAGCCCGAGCGUUAUCGGGUGCAAAUCUGACACUGAUCUGCCUAGGGUAAUAUCAUUCGGAUGGUGGGAAGAGCUCAACUCUGAGAUUAUAUGUCAGGAGAGGAAGGAGAGGAAGGAGAGGGAGGAGAGGGAGGAGGAGAGGAAUGAAAUGAAGGAGGAAAUGAAGGAGGGGAGAACGGAAGAGCGGAAGGAGAGGAAGGAGGGAGUAGCGCAGGAGGAAAAGAAGCAGGAGAGCAACACUCGAGCUCCUGUGGGGCCGGAGGAGAAGGCCCAUGCUGCCAUUCGCGCGCAUGGUGGCAUGGAUGGUGGUGUGUAG